UAAAUUAAUUUCAAAAUUACCAGAAGAAGAACUGAACUGAACUGCGAAGAACAUCGCCAGGUUAGAUCCAAAGUAGAUUACAUUCGCAUAAAAAAUGUAUAGUGCGAUUAUAAACUAAAGUUAUAUUAAAUUAUCAGUUAUUAAACUUUUUACCCCUUCUCUGCUGUUUUUGAACUACUUUACAUCGUAAGUUGGCAUAAUGCUUUUCCCACUAUUUUCUUGCUAUCCGCUGAAGAAAUUAGACGCAUGGAAACCCAGGGUCGCGAUAAAUUAGAGCUGAAGAAGGGUAUGAAAAUGCUGGGUUGGGUGAGAUUUAUAUCCAAAGGAAUCGGAGUUUGGCCUCUGGAACCGAAUCUAUAUCUCAACAACGUAUGUCUCGCUUACUUCACUUACAUAAUGAUCACUGAGUACAUUGCAAUGUUCCUUUGCCUGCCGAAUUUGAAGAAAAUAGUUAAUCUUCUCGCGGAAAGUUUGCCGUUUACUCAAAUUUAUUUGCGAACUUUGCUGCUGAGAAUUCACAUCGAUAAACUGAGAAAAGUUGCUGAUGAGUGCAUGAAAGAUUAUCGUGUCAGUGCUUUUGCAAAUCCCGAAGAAAUCUACAUAUUUAUGGGCUACAUAAAAAAAGGUAAAUUUUAUGUUAAAAUUGGAGCUAGCUUCGUUUUUGCAGCUUCUACCUCCUGGUUUCUUCGCCCGGUAACAUCUUCAGCACCUAUGACAACAAUUAUACCAGCUACUAAUGAAACACCCGCCCAGUUUAUUUACAACUUACCGUACAAGUUUCAUAUUUUCUAUGGAAUAAACGACUACCCUGCUUACUUUCUAACAUAUAUGUCAUGGAGUCCGUUUUUAUACAUAAGUUGUAUCGGUUCAAUAACAUCACAAAUUAUGAUAAUAGCACUCGCAUAUCAUGUAAGUGGAAAACUUGCGGUUUUGGCAUCUAGGAUCAAUGCUUUGAAGAAUACUAAAAAAGGGCUUAGACAGAACCUCGCUAAAAUUCUUUCCGAACAUUCAAGACUUUUAGAAAUGGGUGAAGGUAUCAAGGUUUCCUUCGCCAUGGCUUUGUUAACUUAUCUUAUAGUCGGUACGAUCCAAAUCUGCAUUAUAGGCUAUCACAUCCUCGUAAUUAUUACUACACGCCAACAACGUAACUUAAUGCCAUUGUUCACUUUUAUAUUGAUCACUUACUUCGUCAUCAGUAUCUAUUGCAUCCUCAAAGCGAACAUCUUCUUUGCAGAAGGCCUCCCAUUCCUGCCGAAAAGUGCAGCGCUUGCAUAUUUAGGGAACAACAACCUGGACUGCGCGACAACUCACUCGUGGCUGAAGAAUACACAUUACCGCGCAUUAUCACCUCAUCAAAAGGAACCAAUUGUUUAA